AUGGCGCACAUGGUGAGCAAAACUACAGUAUUGCUAUUGGUAGACAUAAGAGACAGAUCAGGCCAUCUCAAGCCAUCUCAAAUAUAUGCUCAUGCAGACAUGGUAAUGUAUGCACUUACUACAGUAGAGGACAUAAAUGGUCAAGAGCCUUUCAGUUAUUCAGAAGCUGUCAAAACUAUGAUAGUUGGUAUUUAUUACAAGCAGUCAUCUAAUGGGUUUUCCAUUUAUUUGCUACUUUAUGUUGAUGAUAUGCUUAUUGCUGCUAAAAGCAUAUCUAACAUUAGUUUGUUGAAAACCCAACUCAUAAAUGAGUUUGAAAUGAAAGAUUUAGAUGCCGCAAAGAAGAUUUUGGGGAUGAAGAUCCACAGGGAUAGGAAAGUUGUACUUGUCCCAGAGAAAAUAGACGAGGAGGAACAGUUCAUGACUAAUAUUCUUUAUUCCAGUGUAGUUGGCAGCAUUAUAGAAACUGACUACAAUUCAAGGGUGGUUGGUUAUGUUGAUUCUGAUUAUGCUGGGGAGUUGGAUAAGAAAAGAUCAUUGACAAUGUAUGGUGAUGGAGUAGGAAUGUACAGAACCCACCUAUUCGGAUCACCGACAAUCAUAGCAUGCUUCCCAGCAGUGAAUAAGUUUAUAUUCCAAUCAGAGGAUACCUUUCUCCUGAAAUGGCCUACAGUGGAUAUCCUUGGCCCUACUUCUCUAGUAGCAGUUCAUGGAAAGUCUCAUGCCAGACUUAGAAGCUAUGUAUCAAACGCUAUUAACCGGCCGGAUGCUCUCCGCCGCAUAGCUCUUCAGGUCCAACCCCUCAUGGCGGCUGCGCUUCAGUCGUGGGCACAAAAGGGCAAAGUCAAAGUAUAUGAUGAAAUCAAGAAGCUGACCUUCGAAAAUAUUGGAAGAUUAUUUGUAAGCUUCAAGCCGGGGCCUCAGUUAGACAACAUGGACAAGUUGUUUAAGGGGUUGGUUCAUGGUGUUAGGGCGUAUCCAAUUAACUUUCAUGGAACUGCUUAUCACCAUGCUCUUCAGAUUAAAGAUGAAGAGGGCAAUAAAUUGAGUUAUCAGGAGGUGAUAGACAACAUCGUUAGUCUUGUUGCUGCUGGAUAUGAAUCUACGAGCCUUGCAUCAAUGUGGGCUGUAUUUUAUCUUGCCAAAUUCCCUAAUGUCCUCCAAAAGUUACGGGAGGAAAACAUGGCCAUAAGCAAGAAGAGGAAAGGCAAUUUCAUCACAAGUGAAGAUGUCUCAGAAAUGAAGUACACAAACAAGGUGGUGGAAGAGACAAUAAGAAUGGCCAACAUUGCAGCAUUCGUUUUCAGAUCUGCCACCAAAGAAACAGAGUAUAAAGGUUACAAAAUACCAAAGGACUGGAAAGUGAUUCUGUGGGUUCGAUACCUCCACACAAAUUCUGAAAACUUUGAAGAUCCUCUGUGCUUUAAUCCAGAUAGAUGGAAUAAACCAGUGAGGUCUGGAACAUACCAAGUUUUUGGAGGAGGACCAAGAAUCUGUGCAGGAAACAUGCUGGCUAGGAUACAACUUGCACUUUUCCUUCAUCAUUUAUCUAUAGGUUAUAAGUGGGAAUUGCUCAACCCAAAUGCAAAGAUGGCUUAUCUUCCACAUCCAAAGCCAAUUGAUGGUGUUGAGGUUACCCUCAGCAAAUUUUAGGAUCAAACCAUUCUGAGUUUAUAUAUAUAUAUAUAUAUAUAUAUGUAUAUAUCUGCAGAUCAUGCAAUUGAUCAUUAAUGAACUUGGGAACAAUGCAUGCAUGUCUGCUUGUAGUA